CAGUACAUACAGUUUGGGGAACAUGUAUAAAAUUUCUCAGUCUUGUGCAAACACCUUUAGUAUUAACUUAUAUUUUCUUUCUUUCUUUUUUUCUCACCAGCAGAUUUUGCUUAACGAAAAUAAAAACCAGUAUGAGAAACCACACCAUGAUUACAGAGUUUGUGCUCUUGGGCAUAUCAGACAACCCAAAGCAUCAGGUUGUAAUUUUUAUCUUUUUAUUUCUGACUUAUAUAUUAAGUAUCACUGGCAACCUAAUUAUAAUCAUUCUAACCUUGGCAGACUGUCAUCUGAAGACACCGAUGUAUUUCUUCCUUCGGAAUUUCUCUGUCUUAGAAAUUACAUUCACCAGUGUUUCUAUCCCCAGAUUUUUGGGAUCACUCAUCACUAAAGUCAAGACCAUUUCCUAUAACAAUUGUUUAGCUCAAUUAUUUUUCUUCAUCUCCAUGGGUGUGGCUGAAUUUUUCCUUUUAACUGCUAUGUCUUAUGACCGUUAUGUUGCUAUCUGUAAGCCUCUCCAUUACACCACCAUCAUGAACAAGAAAAUAUGCAGCCUACUUGUCUUUAGUUCCUGGCUAGCAGGGUUUCUUACCAUUUUCCCACCACUCAUGCUUAUCCUCUCACUAGACUUCUGUGCUUCCAAUGUAAUUGAUCACUUCUCCUGUGACUAUUUCCCCAUUUUACAACUCUCAUGCACAGACACACAGAUUCUAGAGAUGAUUGGCUUUUACUUUGCUUUUGUUACUCUGCUCUUCACAUUGGCAUUAGUGAUUUUGUCCUAUCUGCGCAUCAUUAUCACCAUUUUGAGAAUACCAUCUGCUAGUCAGAGGAAAAAGGCUUUCUCCACAUGUUCAUCUCACAUGAUUGUCAUUUCUAUCUCUUACGGAAGCUGUAUAUUCAUGUAUGUCAAGCCUUCAGCAAGAGAAAGAGCAUCACUGACCAAAGGAGUAGCUAUUCUCAACACUUCAGUUGCCCCCAUGUUGAAUCCUUUUAUUUAUACAUUAAGGAACCAGCAAGUAAAGCAAGCUUUCAAAAACUUGGUCCAUAAGGUAGUCUUUUCUAGAGGCAAAUGA